AUGAUAACUUCAGGCGCUUGGAGCGAUCUCAAUAAGAAUUCUGAAGUUUUAUCAGAAGAAACUAUUAACGUAUUAACAAAGAUAGGUUUUCCGUCAAUGACACCUGUUCAAAAGAGUGUUACACCAUAUUUAUUAGGACAUAAAGAUGUUGCCGUUGAAGCUGUCACUGGUUCUGGCAAAACACUUGCAUAUCUUGUACCAUCAAUGGAAUAUAUCAAGAAAUCUACAGAUGGAUUGGCUGUUCUUGUUCUUGUUCCAACUCGUGAAUUAGCUCAGCAAGUUUAUGAAGUUGCACAAUCAAUUUCAGCAGAGUUCCCAGCAAUGGUUCCUCAAUACGUUAUCGGUGGCUCUCAAGUUACAGCAGAUAUCGAAACAUUUAACAAUGUUAAACCAACAAUCUUAAUUGGCACACCAGGCAAACUCCAUGAGUUAAUGACCGAGCUUCCUGAUGAUACAUUCCGUAAAUUAUCUCUGUUUAUUGUUGAUGAAGCAGAUCAAAUUCUUCGAAACGGUCUAGGAGGCACUCUUACAGCUAUUUUCCAAAAGCUUCCAACACAGAGACGUACAGGCUUAUUCUCAGCGACAAUGAACGAUGCUUUAUCCGAAAUUAUCAAAACUGGCAUGAGAAAUCCAAUGUACAUUCACAUCAAAUCGAGUGAAUCUCAAGCACCAUCCGAGCUUACGAAUUUUUAUGCUAUUGUUGAUCCUAAAUACAAAUUCUGCCAAUUAAUACAAUUUAUUCGCCAACGCGUCAUCAAUAGCAAAUGCAUUGUCUUUGUUCUCAACAGACAAGAAGUUGAUUUCAUGACCGAUACCAUUAAAAUCGCACUCGGCGACAGUUGUCCCCAAAUUAUCCCAUUCCAUGGCAAAAUGGCCCAAUCCAUUCGUAUGGAGAACCUCGAAUCAUUCAGGAAGCUUGAGAAAGGCAUUCUUCUUUCCACAGAUGUUGCUGCAAGAGGCAUCGAUAUUCCAGACAUCGAAUGGAUCAUCCAAUACGAUGCUCCUCAAAAAGAAUCAAUGUUCAUCCACAGAAUCGGAAGAACAGCACGUAUUGGACGUAGCGGAAGUGCUAUUGUCUUCUUAAGAGAGCACGAGGAUGGAUACAUCGAUUUCCUCGAGCGUCAACAGAGUGUCAGUUUGUUAGAAAUGGCAGUUGAAGUUCCAGACGACAGCGAAGAAAUUUUGCAAAAAAUCCGCAAAAGUGUCUCAUCAUCAGAAGAAUUCUACCUCAAAUCCAUGAAAUGCGUUGUUGCUUAUGUCAGAUCCUAUUCAGAACACGAGCUCAACCUUCUCUUCAGACUCAGAGAACUCGAUUUCAUCGCUUUGGCAGAGAGUUUCGGAUUAGUUCGAAUUCCAGGAAUGUUGGAGAUCAAGCAACGCAACGAGAAGAAACCAGGAUAUCUUGACUUGGUCGACGAAUGGAAUAAGAAACACGAAGACGAAUGGAAACCAUUUGCAGAAAAGAAUUACUCAAUCCAGGAUUAUGGAGGUGUUCCAGAGAAGAAGAACGCAAACAAGAAUUCUAAGAAUGAUAAAGAUAAAAAACAAGGAAACAAGAAUGAUAAAAAUAACAACAAGAAAGCUCCUCCAAAACACUUUGAAAAACCAAAAUCAAGAGGUUUCUUCAAAGCCAAACACUAA